AUGGCGACCCUCAACUACACUGGCACCAGCCAUUCCCUCUUUAUUCUGAUGGGCAUCCCUGGCCUGGAAGACCAACACCCGUGGAUCUCUCUCCCCUUCUUUAUUUCCUACCUGGUCGCCCUCCUUGGGAAUAGCAUCCUCAUCUUGGUAAUCAUCACAGAACACAGCCUCCAUGAACCCAUGUACCUCUUCCUCUGCAUGCUGGCUGUGGCUGACCUUAUCCUGUCCACCACCACGGUGCCCAAGGCCCUGGCCAUAUUCUGGUUUCAUGCUGGGGCAAUCUCCCUGGAUGGCUGUGUCACUCAAAUCUUCUUCAUCCAUGCUACCUUCAUCGCCGAAUCCGGGAUUCUGUUGGCCAUGGCGUUUGACCGCUACGUGGCCAUCUGUGACCCACUGCACUACAGCUCGGUGCUUCGCUGUGAGGUCAUCGUCAGGAUCGGCUUGGCUGUGGCCCUGAGAAGCUUCUGUGUGAUCCUCCCCGAUGUGUUCCUGGUGAAGCGACUGCCCUUCUGCCACAGCAACCUGCUGCCACACACCUACUGUGAGCACAUGGCCGUUGCCAAGUUCGCUUGUGCUGACAUUCGUGUCAAUGUUUGGUACGGCCUGUCUGUCCUGCUGUGUACUGUGGUGGCCGACGCCUUACUCAUCUUAGUCUCCUACGCCCUCAUCCUUCACGCCGUCUUCCGUCUCCCCUCCAGGGGAGCCCGGCAAAAGGCUCUGGGUACAUGUGGAUCUCACCUUGGGGUCAUUUCCAUGUUUUACUUGCCUGGAAUUUUCACCAUAAUUACCCAGAGGUUUGGGCACCACGUUCCUCUUCAUACCCACAUUUUGUUGGCCAAUGUGUGCAUGUUGGCCCCUCCCAUGCUGAACCCCAUCAUCUAUGGGAUUAAGACCAGGCAGAUCCGGGAGCGAGUUCUCAGCACCUUGUCUCCACAGGGGAAACUGUGCUGA